UAAUAUUAAUAAUGAGUGGAGGAGACCUUAUAGCUGAAAUACUAGUAAAUCUGCUUUUCUUCGGAAUCAAAGAGACUGUUCAAUACAAAUGAGGAAUAUCGAGCAUCCUCCCAUUGAUAAUCUGGACCUCGAUGAUACUUAAUUUAAUUAUCUUAUGAGCACCAAAGCUUAUGAUUCGUAUAUGCUGAUUUGCUGUUAAUCCUGUAACAAAUCUGGUCUUGCUAGUCAUCACAAUAAUUUGCUUUGCAAGGUCAUGGAGCUGAGUAUCAGCUGACCUCAGAUGGUUAGGCUAUAUUUCCCAUUUGAUCCUUCUAUGCAUCCUCAUCUGUGUGAAUGUCCUGUCUAUAUUCUCUAUUAUCAGUGAGAAGAACAAGCAGAAUCAGAAAUCGGGACAAGAUGGAACUUUAGGAUUCACUUUAAGAGGGGAGCCAGAUAUCGAAGAUGGAGUCUCAGAAGGAAUCAUAAUUUCCUCUUCAGCACCUCAUGAAGCUCCAGGAAGCACUCCUCAUGUUGAAAUACUUGAUGGGCACAUGUCAAUUAAUUCAAAUCCUCCCAAAGUCCCUGGUGAUACUCCUAUUUGUGAUUGAGAAAAUGAUGUCAUUGAUGAAAACUCUGAAGAAAAUAUGUCACAAAAGCCUUUAUUAUGAAAUAUAUAA